AAAGCAGAGCUGCAGGUCGCAGAGCAGCUCACACUUCCUCCUCUCAGGUGCGUCUUUUGCAGACAGAGAUGCGCGUUAUGGAGCGCACCUUCCGAGAGCAGCUCUUCUUCCUGGUGUUGAGUCUGUCUGUCCUCAAAGGAGACUCCAGAUACAUCGAGAACAACGAGAUCUCAAAAGAUGAAUUGUAUUCAUUUUUCAACUCGGAACUCAAGAGAGAAACACCUGAGGAAUUAAUGUACCGCCGACCUUUACGUUGUCUGGACAUGGUUGCAGUGGAGGGUCAGUUCACCUUCACAGCAGAGCGUCCUCAGCUCAGCUGUGCUGCUUUCUUCAUGGCUGAGCCCAACGAAGUGAUCACUGUGGAUUAUGACAAUGUUGACAUCGACUGCAGGGGAGGAGACUUCAUCACGGUGUUUGACGGCUGGGUGAUGAAAGGAGAGAAGUUCCCCAGCUCCCAGGAUCACCCGCUGCCUCUGUACGAGCGCUAUGUGGAUUACUGUGACUCGGGAUCGCUGAGGAGAAGCGUGCGCUCCUCUCAGAACGUGGCCAUGGUCUUCUUCCGCAUUCACAACGCCGGCAGCAGCUUCACCCUGACGGUCAGGAAACACAUCAAUCCUUUCCCCUGUAAUGUCAUCUCCCAGUCACCAGAGGGCAGUUACACAAUGAUGAUCCCGCAGCAGCACAGGAACUGCAGCUUCUCCAUCAUAUAUCCAGUGGAGAUCGAAGUCUCUGAGUUCAGCCUGGGACACCACAACAACAACAACAACUUUCCCAAGAGGUCCAUGCCUGGUUGUGCAGAAGCAGGAGAUUUUGUGCAGCUGCUGGGAGGAAGCGGCAUCGACACAUCGAAGCUGCUGCCCAUCACAGACCUCUGCAUCUCCUUCACUGGACCCACCCACAUGAAGAUCGGCUGUGAUAACACAGUUGUGAGGAUGGUGUCCAGCGGGAAGUUUGUCAGCCGAGUGUCUUUCAGCUACAGGCUACUGGAGAGCCAGGAACUGCAGACGAUCAAACUCAACAACGUGGAGGAUUUCUGUUUCAAUAACUGAUCCCAGCAGGAUCAUAACGUUACAAAUGCAUCAUUUGACUGCAAACAUUUUUUUCAAUUAAAAAACACGAGCUCAACUUGGUCAAAAUGUCUUAAAUCUGAAGACGUAAAAGUGAAUUAAAAAUAAGAUAUAUACAGACACUGAUAUUAUAUUACAGACUCCAAAAUUCACCGGACUUUCAAUUUGUUUUUUAUCUUUUUUUUUCACUCAUUCUGGUCGUUGCUAAAUAAAGCUUAAUGAAGUGUCCUUUUGUGUUUGGUGGAACUGCUAUUGUUUUUUAUUUUUGCUUUGUGUACAGUAUGUGUAUUUAUUAAGAUUUAUGAUAUUGUUAUGUUACAUGUGAGUUCAUGGUCAGCAUGGAGCUGAAAUGAAUGUUACUUCUGUUUAUUUUGCUGAGUAAUAAACGAUGUGCUGAGUCACAUCCUGCCACAGAUGAUACAUAGAGGGCAAUAGGUAUAAUAAAUACAAGCGUUCAUUGCCAUUAUGCAGUUAAAUUUGUAUAAAACCUUUUUGUAAUAAAACUAUACUGCAUGACAAAGCA